CUAAAAUUGGUGGGAGCACCAGUUGUGAAAGAGAAUCAGUAUUACGCAUACUAAAUUAGAAGCAACUAAGUAAAUAAUACGAUGAUGAAAUUAUCGUUAAUAACAAUACUUUUAACUCUCAUUAUAUUGGUUAAGUGUAGUUCAUCUAAGUUCGAAAAACAAAAACUGAAGGUAUCCUUGUACUAUGAAACGUUAUGCCCUUUUUGCAUGACAUUUAUAAACGACCAAUUGUAUCCUGGUUACCAAAAACUUGGGGAUUAUUUAGAUUUGGAAUUGAUACCAUACGGAAAUGCCAGAAGAAAAAAAACCGACAACGGAUGGACUAUAGAAUGUCAGCAUGGUCCCAAAGAAUGCGUCUACAAUAAAAUAGAGGCCUGCGGUAUGGCACGAAAUGUUGAUCAAAAUGCUGUCAUUUCGUUUGUGCAUUGCAUCGAAAAGGGAAUUAAGACUGACGAUUCCAAUUACAAGCGAAUAACUAAGAAAUGUGGUCCCUUAUUAAACGUGAACACGGCUGAUAUCAUUAAAUGUGCAGAGGGCCAAGAGGGCGACGAGCUAAUGGUAGCAAAUGGGGUGAAAACGGAUGCUGUACAACCAUCAAUAGACGGAGUACCGACUGUGUUAUACAAUAAUUACUAUAAUGACACAUUGGAAGAGUACAACGACAACUUUUUAACCAUCGCUUGUAAACUACUCGAUGAUGAACCUGCCGCUUGCAUGCAUUUGGAUAACGAAAUUUGGUGAAAAAGGAGAAACAGAGUUAGCUACCUAAGAGUGUUCAAAUAAUUUACAUACUGUUCGAAUUUUAUAUUUGCAGAUAACCAAGACGUCUCUGCAUUAAUUCUGGGUAUGAUUUUUGGAGACAUGUGCCCAAAAUUGAAUAAUGAGAUAUUAUCUUAGGUUUAUCUAUGUGAUUUUUUUAAUAAAGGAUAAUUUUAAUUCAAA